AUGGGAGAGAAAGCGAGUACCUGGGUUUAUUUCAUCCAGCAGAUGCGUAUCCUGCGGUCGUACACUGAGGCGUCCAAUGAAUCUGCGGGGUCUCAGGGGGUCAGCCUGGAACAGCCCAAAAACACACAGGUGAGUAUUCGGCUGUUAAGAAGAGUGCAAGGGGUCCAGCGUUCCGUCUCCAGACGUCGAGGGAAUUCUACAGGAAUAAGAAAAGAGUUUUGGGUCUUAUGUGACUUUCUACAAAACUACAUCAUGAACUUCAGACUCUCAUCAUUGAUCCUGCUGUUACACAUUCAAGGGUUCCUAACAUUGGAUAACUUUAAUGUAACCUGUGAUAAACAGAAUAUUUGUGCUGUGAGGGGGGCACAGAUGAGUGUGAGGUGCUCUUACUCAAACAUCAACAUCAAAACUGGGUUCUGGUUCAGUCAGAAACAGAGAACAAACUGGAGAAACAAAGAUGAACCUGAAGAUUUGACUUUAGAUUCAGAUUACUCAGGACGAGUGAGUCAGUGGAUCACUGAAGAUUACUCAGAGCUCACAAUAUCAGAUCUGAUAGAGAGAGACAGUGGAGAAUAUCAGCUCAUGAUCAUUAUGAAGGAUGGAGUUAAACAUCUCAGCUCAGUCACAGUCAAUCUAACAGUAACAGUUUUACAGGUGAAGAUGAAUCCUGAAUCUACAGGACAGCGAGUAAAACUGAGCUGUGAUUCCUCCUGCCCUUUAACAUCUGAAUAUGAUUACUACUGGUUCAAGAAUGGACAAUAUUUAACAUAUAACCAAAGCAUAUUUGUGUCAUCCAGUGGAAACACUGACAGUUAUUACUGCACCAAAUCAGAUUCAGCCCGCUCUUCAUCUGUGUGUCUUUCUAACAGUAGCUGUUGGGGUGUUACUUACACCUCUACAGAAGUUUGUGCUUUGGUGGGAUCAACAGUAGAUAUUCACUCUUCAUACUCACAUCCCACUGGAGAUACAGUAGAGAAAACAUCCUGGCAUUACAUUCAGUCUGAGAAAAUCUUUUCUAGGAGAUAUCACAUUCUACAACGUAGAUCAUCAUCUGGUAUAUAUUUGUAUUUACGAGAUCUGCGUGAGGAUCAUCAGUUUGCUGGUCGUGUGGAGUUUGUGGGAAACGCACUGAAAAUUAAAGACGUCAACACGAGUGACACUGGAUUAUACCGAUUUAGGAUCCUCAACGAUACAUUCGAUGAAUUUGCUGGUUUACCUGGAGUCUAUCUUACUGUUACAGAAACAACUGACCGUUCAGUGUUUGUCUCUCUGUUGGUGUUUCUGCCUCAGUUUCUCAUUAUAGGAGCUGUAUGGAUCUGGUUUUUCAUCAGCAUGAAUAAAUUAAACUCAUCUAAAAACAAAACUGAUGACAAACAAAUAGAGAUGUUGCAGUCGCCACCUGUGGAGCAAGAGAUACGACAGGGAACAGUAAAAGCACGUGUGGAAAGCCCCCGUGAGGAGAGAAAAGCUGGUAUAUGUGAGUUUCUACAAAGAGAAAUCAUGAACUUCAGACUCUCAUCACUGAUCCUGCUGUUACACAUUCAAGUUUUACAGGUGAAGAUGAAUCCUGAAUAUGCAGGACAGCGAGUAAAACUGAGCUGUGAUUCCUCCUGCCCAAAAACAUCUGAAAAUGAGUACAGCUGGUACAAGAAUGGAGAAUAUUUAACAUAUAACCAAACCAUAUUUGUGUCAUCCAGUGAAAACACUGACAGUUAUUCCUGCUUUGAGCCUGUUUCAGAGUCCUCUUCAUCUGUGUGUCUUUCUAACAGUAGCUGUUGGGGUGUGACUUACACCUCUAGAAGAGUUUGUGCUUUAGUGGGAUCAACAGUAAAUAUUCACUCUUCAUACUCACAUCCCACUGGAUAUACAGUAAAGAAAACAUCCUGGCGUUUGCCAUUCACUCAUUUGGAUCUGCGUGAGGAUCAUCAGUUUUCUGGUCGUGUGGAGUAUCUGGGAAACACACUGAGAAUAAAAAAUGCCAGCAUGAGUGACGCUGGACGAUAUCACUUCAACAUCAUCACUAGCACAUCAGAUGAAGUUUCUGGUUCUCCUGGAGUCUUUCUUUCUGUUACAGAUACACGAGUGAGAAGCAGUCCAGACCCUGUGAUAGAUGGAGAAAAAGUGAUAUUAAGCUGUUCAACUGAAUGCACUCUGGAUAACAAACAUACUUACAUCUGGUAUAAGAAUGGACAACAGGUAACAGAUGGAUUGAGAUUAUUAAACAAGCUGUACCUGGACUCAAUCAACAGUGAGGAGCUACAAGAGUAUUCCUGUACUGUAAGAGAAUCAAUGAACAAAACCAAUGAAACAACUGACAGAAACAAUGAAGAAAUGGACAAAGCCACUGAAGCAGUAGUGUACAGUUCAGUGUUUGUCUCUCUGUUGGUGUUUCUGCCUCAGUUUCUCAUUAUAGGAGCUGUAUGGAUCUGGUAA